AUGUCAGACAACACUGUUACAGACAGAAUGGCACAUUCACGAGAGCUCAGAACUUUUUGGUUACUCCAGGCUGUGAUCCUUGAGGGAUGCAGUGACAUUGCUAAUCGUCUUAAAAAUGAAGCGAUAACUAUUGACCCUGAACCACUAAGAGGACAGCUGCACCACUUGGCUCUCCUCGCAAAGAACCUGCACGAAAAAGCACGAGAAGUCUGUCAGGAUGACAUUAUACUCCCCCAUGCUGUUUUAGAAGGGGUUUUACAGUCGGUCUUCCAGCUGCUAAAGUCUGCUAAAGAGGAAAUUGACGAAAGUUGCCAGAAGGAAUAUCUAGAUUCGAUCCGUGAUGGCACCUUUUCCGAUCAAUCUCUACACCCACUUAGACACGAAAUUCAGUUUGUCAACGUGCUUCUCAAAAAUAUGUGCUUAACUAAAGAACAAGAACUGGGAAUGGAACCUGGUCCACUGAGAUUCAAAGUCUCAGCCAUGAAUGAAUGGCAAGUCAUCGUUGAGUCGGCAAGCACUACUGAUUUAUAUGAAUAUUUGACGCAAUCUUUCAUUUAG